GCGCCGCCCCGGGGCGACACUCGAGCGUAGCUGAGCCGGGGGGCGCGCUGUCCCGCGGUGCGCGCUUGGCGAGCCGCGCUCUCUCCGGCCCCGUCAUGGACCACCAGGAGCCCUACUCCGUACAGGCCACCGCCGCCAUCGCGGCAGUCAUCACCUUCCUCAUCCUCUUCACCAUCUUCGGCAACGCGCUGGUCAUCCUGGCUGUGCUGACCAGCCGCUCCCUGCGUGCGCCGCAGAACCUGUUCCUGGUGUCGCUGGCUGCCGCUGACAUCCUGGUGGCCACGCUUAUUAUCCCUUUCUCGCUGGCCAACGAGCUGCUGGGCUACUGGUACUUCCGGCGCACGUGGUGCGAGGUGUACCUUGCGCUCGACGUGCUCUUCUGUACGUCGUCCAUCGUGCAUCUGUGCGCCAUCAGCCUGGACCGCUACUGGGCGGUGAGCCGCGCGCUGGAGUACAACUCCAAGCGCACCCCGCGCCGCAUCAAGUGCAUCAUCCUCACCGUGUGGCUCAUAGCGGCCGUCAUCUCGCUGCCGCCCCUCAUCUACAAGGGCGACCAGGGCCCCCAGCCCCACGGGCGUCCCCAGUGCAAGCUCAACCAAGAAGCGUGGUACAUCCUGGCCUCCAGCAUCGGAUCUUUCUUUGCUCCCUGCCUCAUCAUGAUCCUGGUUUACCUGCGCAUCUACCUGAUUGCCAAGCGCAGCCACCGCAGAGGUCCCAGGGCCAAGGGUGGCCCUGGGGAGGGUGAGUCAAACCAGUCUCGUCCUGUCCCUGGGGGGGCUCCAGUCUCAGCCAAGGUGCCACCCCUGGCCUCACCUCCGUCUUCUGCUGGAGAGGCCAACGGACACCCCACGCCCACUGGGGAGAAGGAGGAGGAGGAGACCCCUGAAGAUCUUGGGACCGUGACUCUGCCACCCCGCUGGGCUGCACUGCCCACCUCAGGCCAGGGCCAGGAGAAGGGUGUCCGCUUGGCACCUGAGGAGGAAGCUGAAGAGGAGGAGGAGGAGUGUGAGCCUCAGGCCGCGCCAGUCUCUCCUGCCUCCGUGUGCAGCCCACCCCCGCAGCAGCCACAGGGCUCCCGGGUGCUGGCCACCCUGCGUGGCCAGGUGCUGCUGGGCAGGGGCAUGGGUGCUGUGGGUGGGCAGUGGUGGCGUCGGCGGACCCAGAUGACCCGGGAGAAGCGGUUCACCUUCGUGCUGGCAGUGGUCAUCGGUGUCUUUGUGCUGUGCUGGUUCCCCUUCUUCUUCAGCUACAGCCUGGGUGCCAUCUGCCCCCAGCACUGCAAGGUGCCCCACGGCCUCUUCCAGUUCUUCUUCUGGAUUGGCUACUGCAACAGCUCGCUGAACCCUGUCAUCUACACCAUCUUCAACCAGGACUUUCGCCGUGCCUUCCGGAGGAUCUUGUGCCGCCAGUGGACCCAGACAGGCUGAGCAGGAUGCCAGUUUCCCCAUUUCCCAAGAGGGCCUGCUGCUGCUGAGGAGAAGGAAGAGUGAAGACUGUUCACCCAUGCUGGGCACCAGGGGCUCAUGGGGUGCCAGGGAGGGGUUUAUAGGACGGGACUGUCUCUGGACCCUUCUCGCUCCCUUCUGCUUUGGGAUCUGAGGCUCCUUUAAAGAACAGAACCAUGCAUCAGUUUUCUCAGCUGGCCCCCUCUGGGAGGCGGUGGGCAUGUGGAUGCCUCGAUGGCAGCUCCCCGAUCGCUGGCAUUCACCCCCUGAAAAAAUCAGGGCGACAAUAGCUCACCGCCUACCUGCCACAGGGAGAUGAAAGGCUUUGCAGAAAGCUUUGAGCUCCAUGGGAGAAAGCACUGGAGAACCAGCAGAUGUGAUUAUCCAGUGAUAUAAAAAUCCCUUUUUCUGUGUGUUUACCACCACCCGCCUUCCUGGAGACUUGUUCUGUUUCCGGGGUGUGUGAAUUCCUGCCCCAGCUUGGAAGUGGGGAAUGGCACACAGAAUCACUAUUUCGAGUUGCAGAAAUUCUUUGAGAAGGUGUUCUUGUGCCCACAAAGGUUUGGGGUUAUUGUGUUGGGUGACAGCUUCUUGACAUGUCACCUGCGACACCAAGAGGGUUUUUUGAUGACUUUGGCUCCCACCUCAACGGGGGGAUAUGUCUUUUGUAUUCAGUGGGCAAAUUGUUUUCCUGAGACAGCUCAAAAUCCCAACACCAUGAAAGCAGUCUGUGCUGAGAGCCCAGGAAGGUGGCAGAGUCCCUUGGCAGGGUGUUCGGCAGGCCCCAUAGACUCCCCGAGAGCCUCCUGCGCAGGGCCCAGGCAAGGCUUUUGGGCCAGCGGGGUCCUUGUGCAGCGUAACUGAUCCCAUUUGGGUGGGUCCCUUGCCCAUGCCUAGAGCUUUGCGAUGAUAUGUGCCGUGGCAAAGGGGCCUCACCUUCCUGGUUCUCUCCCUGCCCCCAAACCUGGUGUCUGGAACAAUUGGACAUCUGUACAGGACACUUCCCAGCCUCCCCAUGGCCUGUCUGGUUGCACACUGGGCUAGCAGGCCUCCAAGCGUGGGGGGCAGGGGUGGGCUGAGUGGCAGAGGCUCUUGGCACUCUGAAGGGCCUGUCAGACUGGGAAAGAUGCUGGGUAGAGAGAAUGGUGGGGACCAAAGAGAGCUGCCCCUCCAGGAGGAGGACUGCCCCACCUGAUCCUCCCUUGAGUGCAGUUGUGAGCCAGGUCAUUGCCCUGUGCUGUGGUGGGGAGGCUGGGCUCAGGGGACCAACUGACUUGUGCCCAUCGCUGGCUAAUCUUGUGUGCCCUGUGGGACCUUGGUAGUAUGGCCUGUAACAUGCAAAUGUUUUUUAAAUGUCUGAGCUAUUUUAUCAAUAAAGGAUAUUUUGUAAUAAGCAA